AUGAACCGAAUUUCUGGUGGAAUGGCUCCCUACCAAGAGGGGCCCAGCUUUCAUUCUUCGGUUCCGCAGGAGCUGACGAGGAUCACCCAGCAACUGUCAGACUACCUCCGAGAAAAACAAACAGAUAUUUCCAGAGCCUUUGAUGGGAUUGACUCCGCAUUACAAGCACUCGACAGAUCAGAGUCCAUCUCAUCUACCUUCCAAGAUUGUGGUUUUUACUCGUGGCUAGCAUAUGUCCUAGCGAGCAGGGGUGAUAAACAUUUGGACGAAACCUUGCGCAAAAUUUCACCUGACAAUCUCUCUACUAUCGCUGACAAUGUGUCAAAGGUGUCGGUGGAAUCGUCCAUAACCCAACGUGUUCAGCACACGCUCUGGGACUCUAGGCGCGCGAAAGCUCGUCGUGCUCAACUGGAGCGCGUCGGCAUUAGCUUCCCAUCGAACGCCCGAAAGCGACCGCGCGUUCAGUCGCUUGAUAACCACGACGAGCUGUCUGUCGUGACCAGGCUUCCCAACACGAACAAUAUGACCUCGGAUACCACACAGACAGACAAUGCGAACCCAGUCUCCCACCCUGCUGCUCCCCAGCCGACCGAAGAGCUUCAUACACUCGAUCAGGCAAGCCGACCGAUAUUCAUCGCCGACCCGGAAUGGAACUACUCGUACCCAAACGCCAGUAAAAUACCGUCUGUCUUUGAGUCAGAGCUUGGUGAUAUAAUUGUUCGCAGCGAUUAUACUGCUUCGAUCUUCGCAUCAUUUCCGCGCGACCCAGCUAAAUGCCGGCUCUGGCUAGAUGUGGAGGCCUCGGCGGUGGUGCCCCUCGCCAUGAAGCUAUAUGGGAUACAAAUCGUUGAAAUGGAACAGCAGAGGGCUUUUACCCUCCCUGGCGGAGCAAGCGUGGGGAUCAUCGGCUCAGUGAAACUCAACAAGACCAAAGAGUACGCAGUAGUCGGAAGUAUUUAG